UGUGAGACCGUGCGCCGUGGAGAAAGAGUGCGAGGCUGGACAAAUAGUUUUUCCGUGACACAAAUCAAACGCGCAGUAGAAAUCAACAAGUGAUCACCAUGUCGAGCGAGGGAACAAAGACUUUCACGCGGGCCGAGGUCGCCAAGCACAACACGAACAAGGACACCUGGCUGCUCAUCCACAACAGCAUCUACGACGUCACCGCCUUCCUCAACGAGCAUCCCGGUGGCGAAGAGGUGCUCAUCGAGCAGGCCGGCAAGGAUGCCACGGAGAACUUUGAGGACGUUGGCCACAGCAACGAUGCCCGCGACAUGAUGAAGAAGUACAAAAUCGGCGAGCUGGUGGAGAGCGAGAGGACAAGCGUGGCCCAGAAGUCGGAGCCGACCUGGAGCACGGACCACCAAACCGAGGAGAGCUCUGUGAAGUCGUGGCUGCUGCCCCUCGUCCUGUGCUUGGUGGCCACGCUCUUCUACAAGUUCUUCUUUGGCGGUGCCAAGCAGUAGGAGGAGCCACAAUGCCCAGCAGAGACUUUCCAGCCCGCUCCUGAAUCGCUUAGUUAAUCUACAUCCACGGAGAGCUCGAGAGUCACAUGAGGAGCGGGAGAGUGGAGCGGGAAAGCUUUUUAUAGUAAAUUUGUGCUAAGUUUUAACGAUAA